AUGCAAAUCUUCGUAAAGACCCUCACGGGCAAAACCAUCACCUUGGAGGUGGAGUCCUCGGACACCAUUGACAAUGUAAAAGCCAAAAUUCAAGACAAGGAGGGGAUUCCCCCCGACCAACAACGCCUGAUCUUCGCAGGCAAACAACUUGAGGAUGGUCGCACUCUCAGCGAUUACAACAUCCAGAAGGAGUCCACCCUUCAUCUUGUUCUCCGCCUCCGUGGUGGUGCUAAGAAGCGCAAGAAGAAGACCUACAACACCCCCAAGAAGAUCAAGCAUAAGCGCAAGAAGGUGAAGAUGUCCAUAUUGAAGUACUACAAGGUGGACUCCGAUGGCAAGAUCAAGCGUCUUCGUCGUGAGUGCCCCAGUGCCGAGUGCGGUGCUGGUAUCUUUAUGGCCUUCCACAAGGACCGUCAAUAUUGCGGCAAGUGUGGCCUGACUUACACCUUCACCCCGGGCACCAAGCCCCCUGUCGUUUAA